CGGCGAUAGAAGCAACAAGCGCAUCGAGCUGAUAUAUUUGACGACCAUGGCGGACGGCUACGCAGGGAUGCGUAAUUAUUCCUGGGGAGCUAUGACCCUCGCCUACCUAUACGGCGAGUUGGCGGAUGCAUGUAGGCCUGGACACAGAGCGCUUGGGGGGAGCGUGACACUGCUCACUGCAUGGUUUUUGGCGCAUUUUCCAGGGUUUUUCAGUGUUGAUCUCAACACUGACUACCUGGAAAACUAUCCGGUUGCAGCGAGGUGGAAGCUCCAGAAGGGUCAUGGGGAGGGGAUCAGGUAUCGGUCACUGCUCGAUCGUAUACAAUUAGAUGAUGUAUGCUGGAGGCCGUACAAGGAGCACAGAGAGAUCCAGGACUUCGAGGAGGUUUUCUGGUAUUCUAGAUGGAUUAUGUGCGGCGUCCGUAGGGUGUACCGUCACUUGCCCGAGAGGGUUUUGAGGCAGUACGGAUACGUGCAGACCAUCCCCAGACAUCCGACUGAUGUUAGGGACCUCCCCCCGCCUUCCAUUGUGCAGAUGUUCGUCGACUUCCGCACUCACACGCUUAAGGCGGACGCUCGGGGUGAGCAGGCAGGAGAGGAUACAUGGCGGGUGGCGGAUGGCUAUGUCCUGUGGUACACUAGGGUGUCUCACCCUCAGAUCUUGUCACCUAUUCCAGUAGAUCUUCCGAGGCCUGCAAAUGAAGAGCAGAUCAUUGCAGAGCAGUGA